GGGUCUAAAUCACAUAUUCUGAGUUGACACCAGCAGCAUCUUCAGCAGUUGCUACUGACAUACAAAUGCUUCCAAGUUAUUUUAAGAAAACUUUCAAAAAGAUACAAGAACUCCAGAACGGCGUAGAGAUCCUGCAGCGGAAGGUGGACCAGCAAAGCAAUGUGGCUGCCAGCCAUACCACUUCUGCCCCUCCAGAUACCUUCCUCUUUCCACUGCAGGAAGUUGAUCAACUUAAACGAUACUUUGGCAGAGGAGGGUACCAGACAAAGAAUGAGCCCAUACUGAAACGAUACAACGAUGUCACAAUGGCCACUUUGGACAAGUAUGCAGGGGAAUGGCUGGCCAUAUCAGAUCAUCUGAGACUCAUCAUCAACACGGUCCAUGCAGACGACGACUUUAUUUUCCAGACCACGAGCAGCCCGACCAUUCGUCACCCACACCACGUCACAGCGGACUGUGGCCACGUCCUCGACGAUAUCCUCCUUCAUCACCCGCACUGGGAGACACGAUCCUUCAGCGCCCUCCCCGUACCAGAGUUGUCACUGACGUGCCCCCCACACACCAUCAACACGUCUCGCAGGCAGGUGGGGGGAGGGGUGGUUAUUGCGCCGCCGACGGUUAGGGGGAUGGUUGUUCUUGUAUGGUUGUUGUUGUCGUGACAUUGUUGGCAUUAAAAGCGAAAUCUCAAAAAAUUGAGCGUACACACUGACAGACACAAGGAUUAAAAGCAAUGACGACUCAUCGUUGUAAUUAAAAGUUACAUACACACGUGACUAACACACUAUCACAAGACUUUCUAACGUGUUUAUUUAUCACACAGGUAGAUAGUCGCACACACACGUAGCCCCCGUAUACAAGUGACGUCAUGACACCCGCUCAUCACGACCGUUACACUACGUCACGCUCCGACAGGUUUCCAGGAUAACAAGAAAACCUCGUGUCACAUGGAGCGAACACAAGAUUACAAUUGCUUCGCUCGAUGGUGCUGUUCAUUUUCUUUCUUUCACGGGAAAUAAACUUCGGACGUAGAAAGUCAGGGGCAGUAACUCCCCAGUUUCUUAAAUUGUGAAAUUGCCUCCCCUGAAUGAACUUAGAGGUGACAGCGUUUUUCCCGCUGUCCUCUGUCAUACAUAUCAAGACAUGAAAAGGUCCAUGUAGAGAAAGUAUCAAUAUGUUUGGCUUCUUUUCAUUGUACGGAAUAGGAGAAUAAAAAUCAAGAAAAAAAUCAUAAACACACAAAUAUCCUCCAUAAACAAACAUACACACACACACACAAGUACUUCAUGCAUCGGAGCGUCGCAUGUUUGGAUCAUGUGUAUGUAUUUGUGCCUGCGCGUGUGUGUGUGUUACACAGAGUUUUAAUAAAAUUGUUCUAGGUUUUCAGUGUGUUUGUGCGUGUGUGUGUUAUUUUAGUCAUUCAGUGUAUCAUCACUCAGUGGUUUGGAGAAGAGGAUGCAAUACAUACAGUAUCUGAGUGAAUUCUUGUCACGCUGCCAGUGCACGUGGUGGUGGAGUGUCGGUGCUAAUGUCUGUUGACACCUGGCUAGCUGCCUGACCUCAAAGACUUGUUGACACAGACAAAUCAUGCAUCUGUGUGGUAUGUGAGUGAAUUCUUGUCACGCUGCCAAUGCAC